AUUCUCUGCUAUUAUAUAUAUGAUUGUCCUCAAAAUGUUUAAUUAAAAUAUCUAAGCAACAUGUUGAUAAUUCUAUGUGUUGUAUUGCUCCCCUUUGGUUUAGCAUCUAUAAACACAACUGCUCUUCCAUCCGAAGAAGUGGAUGCGUUGAGGGAGAUCGGAAGGAAGUUGGGAAAAGAUUGGGAUUUCAACCAAGAUCCAUGUGGUUGGGCACCAUUGGCUCCGAAAAAUUCAACAUACGAGGAUAAUGUAACUUGUAUAUAUGAACCAAACAGCACCACCAUUCGCCAUGUUUUUAGCGUAGGUCUUAAAGGACAAAGCCUACAAGGCAUUCUCCCACCAGAAUUUGCCAAUCUUCCUUACCUUCAAAACCUAGACUUAACUCGCAACUAUCUCAAUGGUACCAUCCCUCCAGAAUGGGGUUCCAUGCAGCAAAUUUUGGAAAUAUCCCUUCUGGCGAAUCGUAUAAGUGGAUCAAUCCCAAAGGAACUCGGAAACCUCAACACAUUGACUACUUUAGAUGUACGAGGCAAUCUGAUGUCUGGAAUAAUUCCCGCCGAACUUGGGAAUCUUGCGAAAAUUGAGAAACUAUUUCUGAACUCCAACUAUUUCACUGGGGAGUUGCCCGCAUCAUUUUCAAAAUUGAUCACUAUGAAGGAGUUUCAGAUUAGUGCUAACCGUUUGUCUGGGAAGAUUCCGGCUUUUAUAGGAGAUUGGCCAAGUCUCCAAUCCUUAAGGAUUCAGGCCAGUGGAUUGGAGGGGCCAAUACCUUCUAGCAUCACUCUCUCAGAAUCUUUGACAAAAUUGAGAAUCAGCGACUUGAGAGGACCCGACACACUCUGUCCACCUAUUAGGAAUGCAACACCUUUCGAAGACUUGAUCUUGAGGAGUUGCAAUUUAAUUGGCACAUUACCUAAAUCUUUGGCUUUGGGGGAGGGGGAUCAGAAGCUGAAAGUCUUAGACUUCAGUUUUAAUAAGCUUAAUGGAUCCAUUCCUGAAAGGUUCCGUGAACUAUAUGACACAGAUUACAUCUAUCUCACUGGAAACUUGCUAUCUGGAAGUGUGCCUGAAUGGAUGCUGACUUCACGAAAUGAAAUUGAUCUAUCCUACAAUAAUUUCACAUAUGAAAGCUCCAGGAUAUCAAAUUGUCAGAUGCAGGAAACAAAUAUGUUUGCUGCGUUUUCAAAAGACACCAUCUCUAAAGAGGUCGAUUGCUUGCGGAAUAUAGUUUGUAAUACGAAUCAUGCUUCUUUGUAUAUCAACUGUGGCGGACAGAGGCUAGACGUUGGGAAAACAGUAUACGAAGAUGAUACAAAUCCUGGUGGGGGUUUCUAUUUAACCGGAGAUCGAUGGGGAUUUAGUAGUACUGGUCACUUCUUUGAUGGAGGUCUUCCUGACAAUUAUGUUGUUACAAAUAAUUCUACACUCUUAAGUAACUCUGAAUUGUAUAUGAGUGCACGAGUUUCAGGAUUAUCUUUGACAUAUUAUGCAAUAUGUAUGAAAAAUGGAAGCUACAAUGUAAGCCUUCACUUUGCCGAGAUCUUUUUCACCAAUGCUAGAACCUAUGGCAGCCUUGGGAGACGUGUAUUUGAUAUCUAUAUUCAGGGUGAGCUGGUGGAAAAGGAUUUUGACAUCAGCGAGAAAGCUGGUGGACCUGAGAAAGCGGUUGUCAGAAGUUAUACUGUAAAUGUUAGCACUACUUUAGAAAUCCGACUCUAUUGGGCCGGAAAUGGAACAACCAAUAUCCCAGUUAGAGGAGUAUAUGGUCCUCUUAUUUCAGCUAUAUCUGUGAAUCCAAAUUUUUGGGUUCCGCCAAUAGAAGGACUCAGAAAUGAUAACGGUGUCUCUAGAGGGACUGUGGCUGGAAUUGUGGUUGGAGCAGUUUGUUUGAUCCUCCUAAUUCUAGGAGUUCUGUGGUGGUGGGGUUCCUUACAUAAGAAAGAUGCUAAUAACCUAGACCUGAGUGGCCUAGAGCUUAACACUGGUUCAUUUACAUUAAGGCAAAUCAAAACUGCAACAAACAAUUUCGAUGAUGCUAAUAAGAUUGGAGAAGGUGGUUUUGGCUCUGUUUACAAGGGAGUUUUGCCCAAUGGAACCUUAAUAGCUGUGAAACAGCUUUCCUCCAAGUCAAAAGAAGGAAAUAGGGAGUUUCUGAACGAAUUAGGCAUGAUUUCUGCUUUGCAACACCCACAUCUCGUGAAGUUGCAUGGAUGUUGUAUCGAAGGAAACCAGUUGCUGCUAGCAUACGAAUAUAUGGAAAAUAACAGCCUUGCCCGUGCUUUAUUUGGGCCUGAAGAAUGGCAGUUGGAACUUGAUUGGCCAACAAGGUACAGAAUUUGCAUCGAAAUAGCGAAAGGUUUGGCUUUUCUCCAUGAAGAAUCAAGAUUAAAGAUUGUGCACAGAGACAUCAAAGCCAGUAAUGUGCUACUUGAUAAAUAUUUAAAUGCCAAAAUUUCUGAUUUCGGUUUGGCUAAGCUUGAUGAAGAGGACAACACACAUAUUAGCACCCGUAUAGCUGGAACUUAUGGAUAUAUGGCUCCUGAAUACGCAUUGCGUGGUUACCUCACGGAUAAAGCAGAUGUAUAUAGCUAUGGAAUUGUCCUUUUAGAGAUUGUGAGUGGAAUGCGCAACAUUGUUGACAAAGCCAAGGAGAAUCUGUUUGUUCUUCUUGACCGGGCCAACUCUUUGAAUAUUUCGCAUAACUUACUGGAACUAGUUGAUCCAAGACUUGGUUCAAAAUACGAUGUCCAAGAGAUAAUGGUAGUUAUAAAUCUGGCUCUAGUUUGCACAACAAUCUCUCCGACCGACAGACCCACGAUGUCAUCAGUGGUUAGCAUGCUUGAAGGAAGAAACAUUCCUCAAGCAUUUGUUGCUGAACAAAGAGGCUCUAUGAGUCGUUUGGAUCGUGAAAAAAUGAUGAAGCAGCUUGAGAUGAUAAAUGAGAGCCAAAUUGAGAAAAUAUCAGUCCCAUGCACUGGUUCUUCGACAUCUGCAAUUGAUCUGUACCCAGUUGAUUCUUUCAGUGAGUCACUGCGAAAGAGAGACGAUACAAAGAAGCUGCUAUCUGAGAACGAUUAAUUUGGAUAUUUUUUAUUGUGUCAAACUUUCCGGUUUUUCCAUUUUACACAGUUUUCUUGUUAACCGUGUAAAGUAAACAUAGACUAAUACCCAUUUUUGUAGCGGUGAUCAAUUCAGUUCUUGUUAUUUUGU